AACUCCAACACAAUCAAACAUGAAAGGAAUUGCUAGAAUGUUGGAUAUCAUAUUUGAAAAUUUAAAUGAAACUAAUUUCAAAUUAAAUCAUAUUAAUGAAGUAUUUGAGCAAUACCAAGAAACUAUAACCAGUCAUCUUUAUUCUGAAAACAUUGAUAAAGCUGCCUUCAAGUUUAAUCUAGAGAAACCACUAGGUGAUCGUUAUAAUCAAGAUAUAUUAAAUAAUUAUAUAAAAUUUUACCAAGAAGAUUAUCUUAAAAGAAGCGAAGA